UGAAAGACAUUCCAAAGAAAGCUUGUGACCGUCGAAUAAACGAGUUUGUGAAAAGGGCAAGAGCUGCAAAGAUACAUGCGUGCAUCAUCAGCCAUUUGAAGAAGGAGAUGCCAGCCAUAAUGGGAAAAGCCAAAGCUCAACAGAAACUGAUAGAUAACUUGGAAGACGUCUUUGGAAAGGUACAAAGAGAGCAUCACUUACCAAAAGGAGAUUUUCCAAACGUGGAGCAGUUCAGGGAGGUGCUAAGUGGUUACAACAUCGAUAAGUUUGAGAAGCUAAAGCCGAAAAUGUUGCAGACUGUUGAUGAUAUGUUGGGGUAUGACAUUCCAGAGCUCUUGAAAAAUUUCAGAAACCCGUAUGAUUAAUAUAUCACCGCUUCUUAGCUUAUGUGGUCACUGUUAUAAUCCUAAGUAUGCAUUCACUUUUGGCCUAAACCUUCCCCUGUGAGCAUAAAUGCACAUUUUGUAUUCUUGAAAAGACUUGUAAACAGUAAAGACAUAAAGAGUACUGACUUGAUAAUGGUGUAUAUCAUUAUAUCACAAAAUAAAAGUAUUAUCGUUA